AUGACGGGCCACGUCCUCCGCCCAGAGCCACCCAACUUGAAUUUGCCACUCCGAAGUCCAAAGUAUAGAUGUUCAAGAUCUGAAGUUGCAGUUCUGACAAAGACAGAAAAAAAAAAAAAAGGAUCUGAAGCCGUUCCAUUUUCUGAAUUUCUGUUGAGCAAUCAGCAAUCCAAUCCUUCAGCUCAGAUGGGCACCUCGAAUUACUUGUAUUCACUCUUGGAGACUCUAGAAAAUCCAGAAAUCGAAAGGGAUCUAGAUGUUGUUUGGCUCAAGGAAUUCAGACCUGAGCUCCGGCUUUUGAGAACAUAUCUUCUGUGCGCUAGAGAAUGGAGCAGAGACCUGAAACUUUCAGAAUCUCAUGGUAACAGUAGUAGUGAACUCGCAAGUGUGAAAUCUUCAAUGUCUGGACUUGAAGCUGCCAUCAAUGAGUACGCACAGGAGUUGCGAUAUACUUUUCUCAGAUCAAAACGAAGCAGAGUAGGGAGUAAAAAUUUGAUGCUGAUGCUGCUGGAUGUUGAAUGGACCAUCAAAACUUUGAGGCAACAAAUUGGUGAUCUGUUCAUCACUUUGCGGAAUUGCUCGUUCUUACAAACCUUCUGCCGUCCAGUUGGAGAUGAAGUAACCGAACUUGUUGAUUCCGUGCUGAAGAAUCUGACGGAUUUUGUGAGAAAAGUAGGAUGUGACGAUCGGGUUCAGGUUUUGCAAGAACCAAUCAAAGACCUCCAUGACAAGCUGAGUUUCUUGCGAAAUCUAAUUCGGUUUGUUAUAUUGCGAGGUGUUGCUGGUGAGCAGAGACAGUUGGUUGAUGUCCUAUCUCACAUUAAGAUUGUGGCAGUAAAUGCAGCAGGCCUCACUUACAUGUACUGGGAUGAUGGAAAGGAUGGAGAAAUUUGCAACCAGCUGCAGGUUAGCAUUUCCGAACUGCUGCAGAAGGUCAAUCCCACUCAUGCCCAAGUCCGUGAGAUUUAUAUCCAAGUCCUGAUAGCUUCAAAUUCGUCAUGGUCUUCAUAUACUCUGACUGAUGAGAUGCAUAAUCAAUUGUUGGGGGAUACUGUUGAUUCUCUCCUUGGUAAUCUUUGGGAGCUACUGAAAUGCACUACCAGUUUAAUGGCUUCUAGGAUGGAUCAAAUCAGUGCAGUAUGGGAGGGACUGAGAUUCUUGAGAACCAUUAUCAAAAACCAGCAACAGAAGUUUGGUCAGAUGUAUGAAAAGGUGAAGGAGAUUGUUCCGGCUGCAGUCAAUGAGGCAGGAUUUGUAAUGUCCUCACUGUAUAUGCAUGAAAUGGAAGUGGAUCUUCUGAUCUUUCCUUUGCAAGACAAGAUUAGGAUUAUCGAGGCAGAACUUGCAGCUAAUUCUACAGAAGCGGCAGCAUUUGAUUCUCCGAGUAUCAUGGUAGAAGAGUUUAAGCGUGGUAAAGCGGGGCUUUUGGAGAUUAAUAACAAUGAGCACAGUUCUGAAGCCCUGAAAGCUGCCAAACUUUCAACUGUGUUGCGGUCACAAGGGACACCCUCCAUGUUCAAUCAAGAAGUGGUGGGAUACAAAGAUGAGGCAGAACAGUUAAUCUGUCAACUUACCAGAGGAUCAAAACAGUUGGACAUUGUGUCUAUUGUUGGCAUGCCAGGACAGGGUAAGACAACUUUAGCUAACAAAGUCUACCGUGAUGCUUUAAUUACAUGCCAUUUCCAUGUUCGUGUUUGGUGCUGUAUUUCUCAAGUAUAUCAAAAGCGAGAUGUGUUAUUGGAGAUUUUGGCUUGUAUUGAGCCUGAGAGGUUUGAUUGGGGUAUGAUGCAUGAAGAUGAUCUUGCUGAAGUUUUGUACAGAAGUUUGAAGGGAAACAGGUAUCUCCUAGUUUUGGAUGACAUUUGGGACAUUAAGGCAUGGAAUUGUCUGGAAAGAUCAUUCCCAAAUGAUGCUAAUGGAAGUAGAAUUCUUUUAACGAGCCGAAUUCAUAACUUAGCUUUGGAAGCCAAACCAACGGCUAAAUCUCUCCCUCUUCGCCAACUCACUGACGAUGAGAGCUGGGAAUUAUUACAGAAGAAGCUAGCAGAAAGAAACGGCCAUCCUCCAGUGAAAAGUGUUUUGGGGCGGCAUAUAGCUAAAGGUUGUAAAGGACUACCUUUAACAAUUGUCAUCAUAGCAGGAGUUCUUGCAACUUUAGACCAAGAUGGUUGGGAAGAAGUGGCAGAGAUGCUAAGCUCAAAAGUUGUUUGCGGUACAGAACAAUGCAUGGAUAUAUUAGAGUUGAGCUACAUACAUUUACCAAAGCAUUUGAAGCCAUGCCUUCUUUACUUUGGGGCAUUUCUAGAAAACCAAGAAAUUCCUAUCUGGAGGUUGAUGCGGAUGUGGAUAGCGGAAGGAUUCGUACACAAGACUGACCUAAAGAGCCUGGAGGACACUGCUGAGGACUAUAUAAUGGAUCUAAUUGGUAGAAGCUUGGUUAUCGUUAGUAAACAGAAAUCCACAGGUACAGUGAAAGCUUGCCGCAUUCACGAUUUGCUUCACGAAUUUUGUGUGACAAAAGCUAAAGAGCAGAAAUUUAUCAAGUUGAGGCAUUGUUAUGCUGAAAUUCUUAAUUUUGAUGAGCCAAGCAGCACCCAUCGAUUGUUUGUUUACACCAAUGGGGAGAACUUUGAGAGGUCAAGGCUGUUUUGUCCCCUUCUACGUACUCUCUUGGUCUCUGCUCAAUCUCACGAACCUAAAAUUCAAAGCAAUUUCCAUUUCGUUGUUCGGAUUUUCAAACUUCUUAGAGUGUUGGAUUUUGUGAAAAUUAAUCUGGGUUCCAUUUUUCCUGGCGAAAUAGCAUUGCUUGUUCAGUUAAAAUUCUUGGCAGUUCGAGGCACCAUGAAAUAG